GCUUAAAUAUAUCUAGAAAAAAAGUUUUUGCUCCUGUGUAAAUAUCAUAAUAAAUUUGCACUGUCCUCUGAUUGGUCACAGCAGAGAGAUUUAAAUAAUAAAUCCCGCAAAAUUGUGCCUCUCUCCCGGCAGCACGAUAAGAAUCCGUCGAGAUCGUCGCAGUUUCGUUCUACGUCGGUCGCGUCCACGAAAUGUAAACACUAUUGGACGCGUACGAAACCGGGUAUGCCGAUUCGGUUUUUGUUGGUCCAUCGCAAGAAGUUAGGUAGUUUAGAUUAGGUUAGGUAGGGUUUUCAAUGUUGUUUUUUUAACCCUUCAUGUUGAAAGUCUAACUCACUUUGGAAGAUUCAUUGUUUUUGUUAGUGUAAGGAAAUUAAGAUCAUAUUUAUUUAUUAGAAAAAAUCCAAAUAAAAACUUGUAAAACUAUCGUUUUGGCCGUGCAGCUAUUUUCCGAAGGUCAUAAAAGUUGAAAAUACAUCAAAAACCAUUGGAACAAGAUUAUUUCAACCUAACCUAACCUAUUUGAGUAAUCAGUUUCUCCACGUGGUACUAAACAAACAAGUGCCUUUAUUAUAAGUGUACGAAGAUGUUAUUUGACCACGAUUCUGGGCCAAAUAACCGUCGGCCAUUUGACCGGGACCUGCGGGGAUCGUAUAGGAUUGUAGUCGGGAUGGUUGGGGGCAUUAAACAAGUCAUUACAUUAUGGUAUUAUUUAAUUGUAUAAUUUCUGUUGACAAAAGGAUUUAGUUUUAUUUUAGAUCUCUGUCAAAUAAGCGGCGGUUAUUGUGCCGAGUACCGGUCAAAUAAUCCUGCCUAUAAUAUAAUAGUUUUACAGUGUUGUGUAUUAUAUAGCUAUUGGUCACAUUUCCAGGAAGCUUCAAGGACCAACAACACAUCUCGGUACGACAAGUCGAGACUCGACCGUACAGACCCGUCCGGUCUCGCACACGACGCCGUUAACGGCAAACGGAGAAACGCCGCUGGGAGGCACUUUCUCCAACACUGCCUACAGUGGACCUGAUGUGAACUAGAAUGAAGUUGGCUGGACAUAAAGUUUACUGGACCUCAAGUAGUCUGUGUCACCCGACGGGAGUCAGAAACGUCAUUUUUGUGCGGACCGGCGACUCGACGGACCCCGGCCGAGGACGCCGCUCGAACCGCGGUUGCGGAGGAGCGCGCCGAUACGAGUCGGAGACGGCUCGUACAGUCGGCGCACGAGAGCGGUCCGGACGAAGACAUUCGGGAACCGAGGACGAAGACGCUCGUCGACUGCGGACGAAGACACCGGUCGACGCGCGAGGAAGAUGCUCCGGAACACGGGAAGAACGCCACACUCCCGAGUGCGGGAAGACACUCGUCAACGCAGAAGGAGACACGCAUCAAUGUCGGGCCGGCGCGAUUGUUUUAAAGACGAUUUAACGUGUAAAAUGAAUGUACGUGUUGUUUGUAGUAUUGUUUUUAGAGACCGACUCUGCGAAGACGGAGGAAGUCGAUACAUGUCGAGAAUGAAUUUAUUGAAGAUGUUGCCUGUGAUCACUAGGUGUUUGCACUAAUUUGGGGAGAUGAUUACGAUCGUAGAACGUCACGGAAUGCGGCGCGCACGUCAUUUGUGGCGGGACGCAUCCGUAAAUAACGGCAGCAUAAAUACGAGAGAACGCGGCGGCGGCGGCGGGGAAGUGCGCCUUUUGAAAGUAAAAGAACGGGGGAGAUCGGACCGACAUAGAUGGUGUUGUUGUGGUAACCGAUAAGAAUGGAGAAAUGAUGACUAUUUGGUGGGUUUUUUAGGACAGAGAGAGUAGUUAUAUAUUAGUGAAGAUAUAAAGUAAAAGGUGAUAAGGAUGGUGGUGGGGGGGGACAACGAAUGAUAUAUUUUGUAGGGUAUUAAAGGAAUUGACUCGUCAGUGCCGAGUCGGCGUAAUUGUGAGAAACGGAUGCGACGGGGAUUGUAAAGAAGUCGCGCGGUAGAGGAAUUGGCGGAAGCGACGAUCGCAAUAACCUUUCGACGUGGGACGGACGACGACGAAUUUAGUAAAUGGCGGUUUAGGAAAGGGUCGUACGUAAAGCGGCGGGUGCGG